AGAGGUCAAACAGAUACAAAAUGUCAGCCUCCAUGAAAAUGUGAAAACCAAAAAAUCAUCUGAAUAAUCGGCAAUAUCCUCUGAUUUAGUUCCCAAAUACAGGAACUGUUGACGUGAAAUAGUUUUGCAUUGCACUCACAACAGGUAGUCAAAUUUUCCUUCAUUUGCGUUGGCUAGAUUUAUCACGCUAUUAGUAUUAGAAAAUGGUUUUUCUAACCCGUGUGUUAAGCAGAGCUGCCCGCUUCAAAUACUGGCAGCGGUAUCUCGAUCGGGAGAUGCAAAGGACCCGUCGGGAAUUUAAACCAAUAAGAGGCUGGGUCAAUACAAGGGAGAAACCCUGGCACCAUACUGAGGCAAGGCCAUGGACUGAGGAAGCGAAACAGAUUAAUGCUCCAGGGCAGUAUCAUGAAAAGGUGUUGGUGGAACCCAUCAAGGAAUGGAUUUUAUUCAAGGGAGAUCGGGUAGAAGUGUUGGUGGGAAGAGAUAAGGGAAAGCAAGGUAUUAUCAACAGUAUCAUCAAAGAAAGGAACUGGUGUUACGUGGAAGGCCUCAACUGUAAAUAUUCGUCCUCGGGGUCAUUUGUAAAAGGCACAGCUCCUCGGCUGAUGAAGAUGGAGAAACCUCUAUUAGUCACCACGGAAGUAGGCUUGGUGGAUCCAUCUGAUAGUAAGCCAACUGAAGUAGAGUGGCGUUAUUCAGAACAAGGCGAACAAGUAAGAGUGUCAAAGCGAACCGGACGGAUCAUUCCACUGCCCAGGGAAGCUUACGAGCUGGAAGACUUUGUUUUACCAUCUGAUUACAAAGAAAAUGCCGAAAAGGAUACCAAGCCUGAUGAAGUAAUUAAAGUGACAUUUGAACCGAAAUUAAAAACAUUUGAACAGGAAAUCAUGGAGGAAAUGGGAAUAAAGGAGGAUAGAAAACCUGCAAAAACGUACUGGUACUGAGCGGACAGGCAAACUAUGUCAGUUUCUCAUGGAGAGACGUGGACCUAGUACUAGUAGACAGUCUAUGAACAGAGGACGUUCUCUUGUUAUGGCGUUGUGUUAGAUCACUUGACAAUUUGUGAUGUUGGUUGGUUAAAACAUAAGUGAAACGCUGUCUAGGAUGCUGGUUCUGUCCUCAGCUUGCUCAGCCAUAUGUGCUGACUAAAGUGAUGCAUCUAUCUAGGAAUGUGUAAAGGCUUACAUCAAGUCUGAGAGGCUAUAAACUGGUUCCGGCCAAUUUUUAUGUGGAGAAUGAAUAUAUA